AUACUCCUUCUCAGUGUAGCCGUUCCACGGGACAGAAGCGCACCAAUAGAGGCUCGCCGCCUAUUUAAGCCAUAGCAGAGCAGAUAUCGCCGCGUUUACCGCAAAGGGAAUAUCGUUAUUCAGUAUAGUAUACAAGGGAUACCAGCUACAGAAAUGAGUACCGCAUGUCUGAUCGUCAAACAGACGCCCUUCGUUGUUGCUCCGCGCCCCGUAGGGAUGGACCCUCGUCCGCAGACAAAUGACAGAUAUGAUUCACUAUGGAGACCUUGGCUCACAACCAAGAAGGAUAUGCAAAGGGAAUGCCAGAGAAGCAGACAGUCAUGUCCUUACUCCAGACCUACAGACUCCACCCCUGCAGCUCCAGGUCUCUUCCCAUUCAAUGGGAAGUCCCAGUCCUUCCAGCACCCUGUCAGACUUUUCUGGCCCAAGUCCAAGUCGUUUGACUACCUGUACAGCGACGGAGAGGCUCUCCUGAGGAACUUCCCUGCCCAGGCCACCAUCAGCUUCUACGAGGAGUCAGACAGCGAGGAUGACGAGGAGGACGAGGAGUGGGAAGAAGAAAUGUACAGAGAGGAAAAGGAGUACGUCAAGCGUCAGUCCCACUGCACCAGCUACAACUGAAGUCUAGAGGGUUUCCAAUUGGAACAGAUGGAACAUGGUGAUAUUCCAUAAUAUCUCUUUGUGGUACCACAGAAAAUGAUGUCUGGAAGGAGACACCUCUGGCGAGACACUUCUGGCGAGACACUUCUGGCGCGACACCUCUGGCGAGACACUUCUGGCGCGACACCUCUGGCGAGACACCUGGAAGAACCUAUAUUAACUGGAGCUGUCUUCACAGUCAGAAACCAUUCUUAUUCUAUGAAUGGAAUAACCACUGUCAGUCAGAGUCAUAGACUUGUCCUACAGGAGCACAGAGCGAUCCAAAAAACCAUUUAUGUCACAUAUUCAGUAGUACACAGCAUGCCGAGCACAGAGAAGGGGUUGUAAAAUGUCUUAAGUAUUCUAGAUUGUUUAUCUUACCUCCAUGAAAGCAAAGAAGCCUAAGAUAAAUGUGAAUUGUGGAGCCUGUUUCAACUCGUAUCUUGUAUUGCCACUAUGUUGGCAUAGGCUCUGUCAAGCAAAGAGUUACAUGUAUUUCUGUAGCAAUGCAUAGUAAUGGAAAGUUGCAAAAAGUAAUGUAUGCAGUCUUGCUCUAGUACCAUAUAUUAGUCUUCCUCUGGGGCAGUGGAAUGUAUGCUAAGGAUUGUAUAACUACAUGCAUUAAAUCCCACAUUGGGAUAGUUUAUCUCAGGGUCUGUACCUUGUUUGUGUAUCUAUUUGCGUUUUAUUUACAUGUCUAAUUUAUAAUGUACAAUUGUAUAUAGACACAUACAGUAUAUGUUUAUAUAUUUCCAAUUUUUCAACUUUUUUGUAUAUUGUCGUCGAAAACACUGUCUAAACAACAGCG